AUCCAAACAAUUUCAUAUUAAUACCUUAUUUACUUACUAACAAAUAAUAUGUAAUCGAAGACUAAAACUAAUUAAAAGUCUUUCUAAGGUAAAAGAUUUUCAGUACAUUGAAUCUUUUUUUUUCAAGAGGCAGAGAGGGAACCAAAAAGAACAAAAUUCUGAUAGGUGUAGGCAUGCAUGAGAUCCACGUCAACACGCGUUGUUCCGCAAAAGGCCCUUUCUCUUCGGUGCAAUGAGAUGAGCGCCCACCGCCUGAUUGGUAAGCAGCCCACUGCCUCACCCCAACUUAUUAACUCCAAAAAACUAAACUUAUUCUUUUUUCACAUCCGUUAUGUUUUUUCUUUUUUUAAUUACCAGUACAUAAAUUCAUCCUUAAAAUAUGAUGAAAAAAAGCAAAAUGGGUAAUUAGUAAUGAUUUUAAAGGGGUGUAUUUUUCUUCUGUGACACUACUUCUUUUCAUUCAUAACCGAAGGGAGAGGACAGCUAGGAGUAAGGCUUAGGGUGUGAUAAGUGUAAAGCAUGCAUACAAAGUUCAAAACUCUCUUGUAAUCCCACAUGUCCUUUAUUGUUUUAAAGUAACUCAAACACGUACCCGCCGUAUGUUUCCAAGUGUCAUUUCAACCUUUUCUCUUGCUUCAUGUUUUGCCCUUUUCUCAUUGGCUUAUAUCACCCUUCUUAUACCUCUACCUCUAGCCCCACUAAUUUUUCCUCAACACUCCUCUCUGUUUCUCUGAAUUUGGUUCUUUUUUUUUUGGUUGUUGUUGUUAAGAGGAAAAGGGUUCUUUUUUUAUUUUUAAAAAAAAAUGAUGCAGACUUUGAAUCCUUACCCUUCAACCUCAAAAACAGCUGAGAUCAUGGCUAGAUAUAGGCCAAUAGCACCAAAACCUGAGGCUCCAACUAGUCCUGUUUCUGAGGAUAAUCCAACUGGAUUGCCCCCAAAUAUUCAAAAGUCUCCUUUCUUGAGGAAUGUAUGGCCUCAAUUGCAAGCAAGGCCAACAAGGACAAGGAAGAGAGGAAGGACUGCACUUGGUCCACCUUCUAUGAAAAGAGCCAGAGGUAAUUACUUUCCUGCUGGCCAGUUUCCUAAUUAUCAUCAGGUGGUGGCUGCUUCUCCUUCUUAUAGACCAAAUGUGGUUCCCCAGUUCACUUUAAUCCCAAAUCUUCUCCCUCUUAAAUGUGGCUUGGGUACUUCUGUUACAACUCCAUCAAAUUCCAUAACACUCCCUCUUAUGGCUUGUACUACCACUACUCUUCCUAUGCUAGUGGAGAAACACUCUGGAGAGGAAAUUAGAGGGAUCGAUUUGAAUUUGGCAGCUGAUGGCCCUGAAGAAUUAGAUUUCAUGCCCCAAUUGCAAGGUCCUAAGACCCCUGGCCCGGUUGUUAUAACCCCGCAGCCAGUGCGCCCAGUUGGGUCAAGUAUUUCCAUUGGUUGUAUCAAUGAGGAGGAGGCUCCAGAUGGUGGUGCAACAAACAAGAAAUUUAUAAAGAAACCAGAGGAGGUGGAGGAAGAAGUUGAAGCAGAGGCUUUGCCAGCUGUCGUUUCGGACUCGAAUAACAAAGUAAGGCUCACAAAUGCAGCAUACAAAGAGAUGGUGGGUCAACCUGAGUGUUGCUGGUUGGACUACAUGGUUGGGAAUGCAUGCAAGAGAAUUGGUGGGGAAGUGAUACUUGAGUUCUUGGAUUCAUCUUGCAGUGUGCCAAUGUCAUCUGAUGGAUUCAAUUGCUGGGUGAAGAUAGAAUGGGGAGCUGCACAAGGGAAAAAGAAUUCAGUCAAAGCUUUCUGCAAUGCUGUGAAGUUAGCUUGCCAAUCCAAAGAUUAUGUCUUUGAGUGGAGGUUCCAUACCACAGAUGAUAAUACUCCUGAAUCAGCUGCUUCCAAUAUUUAAACAGUUUUUUUGUCAAUUGUAUAUACAGUUUAACUGGUUUAAAUGUUGUAAAAUGCCGGUUAAAAACUUAUGCAAUAUAGUAGCAGCCUAUAGAAAGUAGGAAAAAUUAGGGUAGUUCAAUUAUGUUCAAUAGUUAUUUCCAGGUUAAGAGUGUAAAAGUUUUAUGUCUCAAUUAUCAACUGUAAGCGUCUAGUUUCUUUCCUUUUUUUCUCCGUCUGUACAUAUUUUACUAGUUCAGCACAUAUCAAUAAACAAAACUGACAAACAGAAUAAAGUUUUGAAUGCCUA